ACCUCCCCGCUCAGGCGAUGCCAUCCAUGGCGUCUUCCGCAGCCUUCUCACACGCAGGAAUUAGUCACCCUCGUUUUCUCCAUGCCAAGCCUGCAUGUCCUCCCAAACCAGUCCCCGCGCAGCGUCCAUCCCGCCCGGAGCUCAUCAGCGCCGCCUCCACCCCCCGCACGUCCCAGGCUGAGCUCCGUCCGGACUCCAAGAACGCCUCCGCGCUGUCCGCUGAACUCCGCCGCCUCGCGCGCGCGGGGCGGCUCCCGUCCGCGCUCUCCCUCCUCGACCACCUCUCCCACCGUGGCGUCCCGGCUACCGCCUCUGCAUUCGCCACGCUCCUCUCGGCCUGUCGCUCCCUCCUCCACGCGCGCCAGAUCCACGCGCAUCUCCGCAUCCAUGGGCUGGACACCAAUGAGUUCCUCCUCGCCAGGCUUGUCGAGCUGUACAUCACGCUCGGCGCCACUGACGACGCGCGCGGGGUGCUCGACGGGAUGCAGCAGCACGGGGCGACCGCCUACUCGUGGAACGCGCUGCUGCACGGGCACGUCCGCUGGGGACGCGGGGAGGCAGCGGGCCCCGUCGCCGACGCGUUUGCCGAGAUGCGCGCCGCGGGGGCCAACGCCAACGAGUACACGUAUGGCUGCGUGCUCAAGUCCAUCUCCGGGAGCGUCAGGCCGUCGAUGACCAUGGCCACCGCCACGCACGCGACGCUCGUCAAGAACGCUUUCGCAGGCGCGCCCGGGAUGCUGAUGACUGGGCUCAUGGACGUCUACUUCAAGUGCGGGAAGGUGAAGCUCGCUGUGCGAGUGUUUGAGGAAAUGCCUGAGAGGGACGUGGUCGCGUGGGGGGCAGCCAUUGCUGGGUUCGCACACAAGGGGAUGAAGCGCGAGGCCCUGGAACAUUUUCGGUGGAUGGUGGAGGAUGGGGUCAAGGUGAAUUGUGUGGUGCUCUCGUCAAUUGUGCCAGUCAUUGGAGAGCUGCGGGCGCGCAACUUGGGUAGAGAGGUUCAUGGAUUUGUCUUGAAGAAAUUCGGAAAUCGUAAAGAUGUUGCAAAGGUCCAGGCGGGGUUGGUUGACAUGUACUGCAAAUGCGGUGAUAUGAUCUCAGGUAGGCGAGUGUUCUAUAACAGCAAGAAGAGGAAUGCUGUGUCGUGGACAGCUUUGAUGUCUGGGUAUGCAUCCAAUAGUAGACCAGACCAGGCGCUGAGGUGCAUAGCUUGGAUGCAGCAAGAAGGAAUCAGGCCAGACCUCAUUGCUGUGGGAACAGUUCUCCCAGUCUGCACAAAGUUGAAAGCGCUAAGGGAGGGAAAGCAGCUCCAUGCAUAUGCUUUAAGGAGGUGGUUCUUGCCCAACGUUUCCUUAUGCACGUCACUGAUCACCAUGUACGGUACAUGUGACCACUUGGAAUACUCUCACCGAGUAUUCCAUGAUAUGGACAAGAAGACUGUACAAGCUUGGACUGCAUUGGUUGAUGCCAACCUCAAGAAUGGAGACCCAUUUACUGCUAUGGAUUUGUUCAGAUCUAUGCUGCUGACAAACCGCAGGCCUGAUGCUGUUGCCAUCACCAGGAUGUUGAGUGCCUGCACUGAUAUUGGAGCAUUACGAGUCGGCAAGGAAGUGCACCGUCAAGUGCUACAGUUGCGGAUGGAACAACUCCCUUUGGUUGCAGCAGAAGUUGUAAACAUGUAUGGUAGGUGUGGAGACCUCAAAGCAGCACAGAGGGUUUUUAAUCGAACAGAGUCCAAGGGAUCCAUGACCUGCACUGCGAUAAUAGAAGCUUAUGCGGUCAACCAACGCCAUAAGGAUGCGCUGCAUCUCUUUACUUGGAUGCUGUCAAAUAAAUUUGUUCCUACCAAGGCCACAUUCGAUGUGGUUCUGAAAAUCUGCGAAGCUGCAGGGUUGCAUGAUGAAGCCCUUGGAAUUUUUAACUCUAUGGUGCAAGAAUACAAACUAGAAACAUCCCAAGAGAAUUUUGACUGCAUCAUCCGCCUCCUUACUGAUGCUGGCAGAAUUUCUGAAGCACAACGCUUUGCUGACCUGAAAUCUACACUGUUUAAUUUACCAACUCCGCUUUUGAACUCUGAACAGGAAUAGUUUUGUAC